AUGCCCACCCCCGUGCAUGCUUCGGCGCGGCUGCUUCUGCUGCCACUGGUCGUGGGCGCUGGCUCCACGGCCCUGCUCGAGUCCGCGCUGGAGGAGGAGAGCAACGCCUGCGCGGAUGCCCAGCGCGUGGAGCUGCUGCAGCACCGCGCCAGGGACGCUGGCAGCCUGGUUGCGCGUGGCUCUCUCGCUGGGGGAGCCCUCGACGGCAAGCUCGUGGUGGAAGCCGACAUGUCAAUGGUGAAAAGCACCUUCGCAGUCAGCAGCGGGCGCAUCGGCGCCAGCAUGAUGUGGAAGCAGCGUUUUCUGCCCACGUACCCCGAGACAGAAGAGAACGAGCCGAUGGACGUGACUGCGGCAGUCCAAGGAGACGAGGCAAGCGACGCCCUGAUACCAGAUCUGGACUUUGACACCCUUUCUAUCGCGUGCGGCAAGGCUGCCAGGGUCCGCAUGAACUCCACGGCCACCAGGUACCAAACAGGCGAGGACCAGUAUGUCAAGGAGAUGUCCCAUUUCAGCUUCCAUGGCGUCUGGGCCGGGGGCAGCGGUUACGACAGGGAGGUUGGUGGCCUCACGGUCAGCGAAGUCGAGGACCUCUUUCAGCAGGGGUUGGGCGAUUUGAAGGAGUAUUCCCCAUGGAUGGACAUUCACGCCGGCCUUUAUGAUAAUGACAUCGACUCCUACGUGGAACGAUUCAAUCAGUACGGAUAUCCCUUCCUGGCCUUGCGGUGGCCUUCCCUUGUGGGCGAGCGGGUGUUCUACUCGCUGGUAUCUCACGUGAACACCACGCAAGAGGUCUUCGAAAUCGUCUCGGCAGUUGCGCCGUCAAGUGCCAGUCUGUCCGUGACAGAAUUCCCGAUGCCCCGUCACAUGUUUCGCGAGGAGGAGAUCGAAUGGUUGACACAACGAUCCACCGGCCCCGUGCAGCUUCAUGUCAGCCGCACCCAUCGCGACCUGAACGUCGUGAAGGCGCACUACAAGAGCAUGUUUGGGCUGAAUCCAGAGCAUGAGGUGCAUGAUGCAGGUAGUGGCGUGAGUUUCGUGUCCUUCUGGCACCAGGUCGGAGUAACGUUCCCGGAGAGGGUCCGCGUGCAGGUGAUGUAUUGGAGCAGGGCAGAGCGUCCAGGGAGGUGGCCCGAGGCGCAGGUGCUGAAGCCAGAGUUGUACAUGCUGCGGCGCAGCGGCCCGACCUACGACCAGGCCGUCAAGUGCGGGACCCUCAGCGAGAUCAAGCUUCGCGGUGCGGCCGCAGGCCUCUCUCGAGAUCUUCAGUGGCUGCGGGCGGCCGAGCUGAGGAAACUGGGCGACCUGGCGCUGGAGUGGGACGCGCUUCGGGGGCCAGCACCUGGUUCAGAGUUCGGGGCCUCGGGCCCAUCCUAA